GAGGAAGAUCUGGACUCAGAAAAUGAGAAGCUGGUAGUGAGAGAGCCGGAGGAUGAGGAUGAUGAGAUGUUCUCUUUUAAAUACAGUCCUGGAAAGCUGAGGGGAAACCAGUACAAGUCAACGAUGACCAAAGAAGAACUCGAGGAAGAACAAAGGGUUCAGAGAGAGCAGCUGGCUGCCAUCUUCAGGCUCAUGAAGGAGAAAAGUGACACGUUUGGAGAGAUGUCUGAAGGAGACAUGAAGGAGCAGCUCAGACUGUACGAUAUAUAA